AAGUGAUUACAAGUGCUUGAUGAGAGUGAAGAUUUGCGGAAGCUUGCAGAAAGGGAAAUCAUUUCCUGUAAAGAAGAGAUAGCUGAACUGAAACGCCAGAUAGUAUUGCUUUUGAUUCCUUCAGAAGAAACAGACAACAGUGAUCUUGUCAUGGAAGUAACUGCUGGAGUUGGAGGACAGGAAGCGAUGUUAUUCACCUCAGAGAUAUUUGAUAUGUAUCAACGAUAUGCUGCCUAUAGAAAGUGGAGUUUUGAAAUACUAGAAUACUUUCCCAGUGAAAUAGGUGGCCUAAGACAUGCAGUUGCCAGUAUAGCAGGUCUGGAGGCUUACAAGUACAUGAAAUUUGAGGGAGGAGUGCAUCGUGUUCAGCGGGUGCCAAAGACAGAAAAACAGGGACGCAUUCACACCAGCACAAUGACUGUUGCAAUAUUACCCCAACCCACUGAGAUGAGACUGCAAAUUAAUCCAAAAGAUCUACGAAUAGACACUAAGCGAGCUAGUGGAGCUGGUGGCCAGCAUGUCAAUACCACAGACAGUGCUGUACGGAUAGUUCAUAUUCCAACAGGGAUUGUGUCUGAAUGUCAACAAGAAAGAUCUCAAAUAAGAAACAAAGAGAAGGCUAUGCAAAUGCUUUGUGCUAAACUAUACAAUCUCAAAAUGGAAGAAGAAACUAAAAAGCGAAACAGCGUCCGAAAGAUUCAGAUUGGAACUAAAGGAAGAUCGGAGAAGGUCAGAACAUACAACUUUCCACAGGACCGAAUUACUGACCACAGGAUAAGCAGAUCAAUGCAUCAUAUUGAAUGUUUCAUGUUAGGGGAAGACAUGCUAGAUGAAAUGAUACAAUCCCUGAGGGAAUAUGCUGAUUAUGAAUCUUUAAUGGAAAUUAUUUCAGAAAGUGAAAAAAUAAAUCCAUCCUGAACCUUGCCGUUUGUCAGACCAGAUUACAAGAGAUACUGGCACUUGUCUUGCAGAGAACUUAUUGGAGCUCUAUCCAGAAAAUGGAACUGCUUUUCAGAUCAUGAAAGACAACAUGACUUGUUUCUUCAUAACUGAUACACAGUUUUCUUUCUUGCUGAGUAGAAGACUAUAUGAGACAUUAUUGCUGCAGUAGUACACUUAAAAAGUAAAUGUGACUGGUCCAGAAGUACCUGCAGUUUUUACUUGCUCCACGGAGAAGAUACUGGUAUGCCACUCUCAAAAGGUAGGCAGAAAAAAAAAAGAGCUAUUGCUAGUCCCAGGUUUCACUCAAGCAGUAGUUUAGACAUCAGUAGCAAACAGCUUACCUGAUUAACAAAAAAAUGCUGUUUUGUUAGAAUCAUUGAAAGAACAUAAUAAAUGAGUGAAUCUGUUACUGAUGCAGAGAUUUCACAAAGCAGAUUUGUUAGUAUCACUUACGCAUGGCGUGGGAGAGGGAGUUCUUCAAAGUGCAUCUCCUUCAUGUUUCAAUGGGCUUUUGGCACUUAUUAAUAAACACAAA